UAAAGUCAUGCAAAACUGUGUGUGUAUGUGUAUGUUUGGCUGUGGCUAUUGAUGUAUGUGUAGUCUAUGUAUGAAUUUCAAAAUAUGUCAAUACAAAAUGAUAUAAGAACACAAUAAUCAUAAUUACAGUUUGAAUUUAUCUAAUAAAGAGAGGAAAAGCAACAUUCAAAAAAUCAUAAAUUCAAAUAUUCGCUGAAUUACAAAUUUAAGGUUCUUUUACUUUUCUAAUUCAACAUAUUCAGGUGGGGAAUAUCAAAAUUGUUUAUCACAACAUUUGUUUGACAGCUGUAGUUUCAAGCUACCUCACAAAUUCAGAUUUCAAAUGCAAAACGUGAUGAACUCACACAUGAUACAUUCUCAUGAGUAAUAUUUUCCAGCAGUAUAUACAUUUCUUAAAAUUAGCUCCACCUUGAACAACUAGAACAGUAAAAUGAUAUCAUGUCACUAUUUGUACUCAGGCUAAAUUUAGUUAAUAAUACUGAUCGUGUUAAAUGCAGGACACAGCCUUGUAAUUUGGCAUUUCUACUGAGUACAAUGGCUUCUUUUACUUAAUUUAAUAAAUAGACUUAUUUCCACACGAAAAACACGUGCCGUCAACAGAGGAACGUUUCACCAAGUUUGUACCACUCGGACAUUUUAGUAUACGAACCCGGAAAAAUAGCCGGAUACGAGUGCGUCGAUGUUUUUAUACCCCCGAGUUCCAGCAUGAAGGAAGCCAACAUGUCGCUCCCUGUGAGUAUGGGGUCUCUGCUUCAGGCAGCCCUGGAAGAGGACGCUGCUCAUCGGGACGACGGCCUGUGUGUCGUCGGUAUUUUCGGUAAAAGCAACAUGCAGUCCAGCCCGCCGAAAGAGUCUCUCAUCAACACUCUGGCGGACAAACACAUCUUCUCUCUGUUCGGCGUACCUGAGGACGACGGCGGCACAGCGGACAGCCACAUUCAGGCUUUCUACAACCAGGAGAGCCGGGUGCUGUACCUGCUGCUCUCCUCCGUGUCCGACAGCCGGCAGCUGCUGCGGGCCUGCCAGUCUCUGAGCGCCGGUAUCGGCCACUCGGACGCCCACGACUUCUGGAAAGGCCUGGACAGACAGCACUGCCUCCACCUGCUCUACAUGUUCUCCGUGUGCCACGUCCUCCUGCUCGUCCACCCGAAUCAGACCUUCGAUGUGUCCUACGACCGGCUCUUCAGAGCCCUGGACGCCCUGCGGCAGAAGGUCCUGCCGCUGAUCCGGGCAGCCAUCAAAGACUGUCCGGUGUCCAAAGAGUGGAAGGUGAACUGUCGGCCCUGCCCUCCGCGCCUGCUCUUCGUCUUCCAGAUGAACGGUUCUCUGAAGGUCUCUGGAAAUGGCUCGGAGUCUGGAGGAAACCCUGACAAGCCCAAGAAGCACUCUCCCCGGAGGAGGCUACAACAUGCCCUGGAGGACCAAAUUUAUCGCAUCUUCCGUAAGAGCAGGGUCCUGACCAACCAGAGCAGCAACUGCUUGUUCACUGUGCCUGCCAAUCAGGCGUUUGUGUAUGUGAUACCGACAGUAGAGGAAGACCCUGUGGGCGCCCUGCUCGGUCAGCUGCGCUCCAACUGCAUCUUGUGUGAACAAGACUCCACCACAUUGGUGUCAGGCCCGAGGCGCUACCAGCAGAUGAGACGUUCAGCUCGGCAGCCUGGCUUCGGCGGAGACUCGGGCGGCAUGUCGAUGGGCGGUCAGCCGGUGGACUGCAGCUUAAAGGAAUUCCUGUGGCAGCACGUAGAGCUGGUGUUGACCAAGAAAGGCUUUGACGACAGCGUUGGCCGCAACCCGCAGCCUUCGCAUUUCGAGCUGCCUACCUACUCCAAGUGGAUCCAGGUCGCCUCCAGACUCCACCAGGUCCUUAUAAGCAACACCGAGGAAGAAACCGCCGAACUAGCCACAAAAGUGCAAAGCCAGCUGAAGGUUUUGGAGGGUUUCCUCGACGCUGACACGAAGUUCUCUGAGAACAGGUGUCAGAAAGCUCUGCCACUCGCUCACAGCGCGUACCAAUCCAACCUGCCCCAUAACUACACCACCACGGUGCACAAGAACCAGCUGGCUCAGGCUCUGCGGGUGUACAGCCAGCAUGCGCGAGGUGUUGCUUUCCAGCGCUACGCUCUGCAGCUUCAUGAGGACUGCUACAAGUUCUGGAGCAACGGCCACCAGCUGUGUGAGGAGCGAAGCCUGACAGACCAACACUGUGUUCACAAGUUCCACCUGCUGCCUCAGCCAGGAGAGAAGCCGGACAUGGACCGCAACCCACCCAUCCUGAACCACAACAGCAGGGGGCGCUCCACCAGCUCCUGCAACUGUGGCAGGAAACAGGCUCCUCGUGAGGAUCCGUUUGACAUCCAGGCUGCUAAUUAUGACUUCUAUCAGAUGCUGGACGAGAAAUGCUGCGGGAAGCUGGAGAGGAUCGACUUCCCAGUGUUCCAGCCCAGCACUCCUGACCCUGCACCAGCCUGCAACCAGCCUGCUCAGAGAGUCCCGUGCGAGGCCUCGGGGUCUGGUGAAGCAGAGCGGCUGAAGGAGUCAACCACAGCGCAGAGCCACACACCUGGAGACACCAGCCUGAGCCUGGCUCUCAGUCUGGGCCAGUCCACAGACAGUCUGGGACCUUACGCAGACGGAGACGGAACUGAAACCCAAGUUCAGCAAAAGAGGCCGAGCCUUGUCGACCGCCAGCCCUCCACUGUGGAAUAUCUCCCAGGUAUGAUGCACUCUGGCUGCCCAAAAGGUCUGCUGCCCAAGUUCUCCAGCUGGUCGCUGGUCAAACUGGGACCAGCCAAGUCAUACAACUGCCACACCGGUCUGGAACAGCCAGGCUUCCUCCCCGGCUCUUCCUUCCUGUUGCCAUGGGACUUGGUGAUUCGCUCACGGUCAGAGGAGGACGCAGGACUGACAGAGCCUUUGGACGGAGGCACCUCCUCGUGGCCAGCACCCAACAAGACCCUGGUGGGGAAGCGAGGAAGCACCGGAGGAGUCGGUAGGAGUCGCAGGAGGGAUGAUAUGGCUCGCGUCUUUGUGGGCUUCGAGUAUGAAGACAGCAGGGGGAGGCGCUUCAUCAGCUGUGGGCCUGAUAAAAUAGUGAAGGUUUUAGGGCCAGGGGGUGCCAAAGAUCCUGCCACCAGGGUGCUAAACACCGACAUGCCACUGUACAUCCCCUCACCUUCACAGGGCCGCGGCCUGAAGCCUCACUUCGCCCAGUUGGCUCGCCUUUAUAUUGUGGUGCCUGACGCCCCGCUGGAGGUGACCCUCAACCCACAGGUGCAGCCUGGUCCUCCUCCCUGCCCAGUUUUCCAUCCGGAGCAGACUGAUAUAGUGUUGUCGCCUGACAGUCUCUGGGUGUUGCGCUUCCCUUAUUCCUACUCAACAGAACGCGGACCCUGUUACCCCCCCAAAGAGAACCAACCGCUCAACAACUACAAGGUGCUGCGAGGCAUCCUGAAGGCCACCACUGCUAACCCUCCACCACAGUGAACUUUGUGAAGAACUUCACCUUCCUGGAGCCAGUUUUAUUUAUUUACAUCUCCCGCAGGUCAAAAUCUGGCCAUGACAAACACUUUGGAGGACAAGGGUGUUGGGUUUCCAAGAAAUGUGCUGUUGAUAUUCGUAGCCCAUAGAUUGAAUCCUCUUGAUUUAGAUUUUUGCUUUAAAGCACAAUUUGAAUAAAUGUUGGGACACUUUCAGGCUCCAAAGAGGAAAAGUUCUCUCUGUAGUGCCAUCCAAACUUUGAACUCUCCAUUUUUAGCUCUUAAAAUAAUCAGUAAUGCAGUUGUUCUGACAUUUUUGGGGGUAUCGCAGACUGUCAGGCGGAAACAGGGCAGUAUGCUUCAUUAUGAGUGCUUCUCAGGUGGUCGAACAGCUUCGCAAACCCCACUCUCCCUACACCUGUCUGAUGACGGAUUGAAGCGUCGCGGUAUCAGACAGUUUCUUAAACUUUUUGGUCUUUACCCAAAACCAAAAAAACGACAUUCACACUCUUCAAGCCGUGAUUGGCCAGCUGUGCGGAGGCGAGCGAAACAAGUAGGAUGUAAACUCCGACUAUUUCUGUCACUUUUUAUUGGAACAAACAAGUAAAACACUGUGGACGUCUUCCCAGAGAGACUGUCUGAAAAUGUGUCCUGAUCAUAAUAACAAGGCUGAACUGAUGUUUAUUUAGCAGCAAAUUACUUUCCUCCUAUUAAGCCUUUAUAAGCAUAUAGAAACAUUUAAUAAAUGGUCUAUUACGCACUAUAAUGAUGUUAAUGCCUGUACGCACCCGUGAGUGGUGAUAAUGAAACAAUUAUGUUUUUUAAAAAAAAGUUUAAAAUACAUCUAUAAAUAAACAUCUGCAUACAACUACACAUAACAAAGUGUUAUAAGCCUUUGAUUCAAUGUUUAGUUGCUGCUCAGUAAUGCAUUGGGGACUUGCAGUCAAGUGUUACCUGUUUUCUAAACCUGAUUACUACUGAGAUAAACUUGCCUCAUAGACUGGGAGCGUAAGAGGAGGAUGUUCAUGUUUUUUCUGUAAAUAAAAAAACUGGCAUUAUGUGUCAGAUGUUAUUGACAA